UUCUUAUCUGUGCUUCUCUGUGUGUUUGCAGUUUGAGCCACAGGACCGGAUAGCGGUGGACAUCCCUUUCCUGUUGAUGACAGACAUCCUCUCUUCGUCUCCCUGGCCUCUUCUGCUGGCCGCCUCCUCUCUGCAGCUGCUUACUAUGAUCAGCAACACACCACAGCUUCAGUCACAGCUGCAGGACGUGGUUCUGCAGACAGGUGAGUGUGCCAGUGAGUGUUUCUGUCUCCGGUGUCCACCGCUGACCAACAGCAAUAGCACUGUAGCUACAGGACAGUACCUGAUAUCAUGGAGGAGAGAGUCCUCCAGUGCAGACAGUCCUCUCAUCCAAACUACAGUCACUCUACCUCACAUCAUCCUGGAGUUUGUUCCUCUCUACAUCCACGCCGACUUACCAUCAUUUGGGCGAGUCAGAGAGUCUCUUUCAGUUCGUUACCACAUAGAGAACAGAACAGCUCUGGUGCAGGAGGUGGAGAUGGCUGUGGAACCUUCUGAUGCCUUCAUGUUCUCUGGACUCAAACAGGUGCGGCUGCGUAUCCUUCCUGGCUCAGAGCAACAGAUGCUGUAUAACUAUUACCCACUGAUGGCUGGUUACCAAACACUACCACAGCUCAGCAUCAGCCUUCCUCGCUGCCCGAACACCAACACACACACACUGAGACGCUUCCUGCCCCAACGCAUAUUUGUCAAGCCUCAGGGUCGACAGCUGGAUGAUGCCUCCAUUGCUGCAGCUUGAGAAGAACAUACAAACUGUUCAGUGUUAUUAGAAGAACAUACCAACAUCGUGCUGUUCUAGAUGAUUCCUUACAGAUGACUAUAUUAACACUAUUUGUUUCACAUUGUUCUGUAAAAAUUCACAAUGAAAACUGUUAACCACACAUUAGGAGACCCUGCUGUUUCUUUUCAGAGUGAAUGUGAUUACAGGUUGAGCGUGACAGACGGCUGGUGAAUGAAUUGAUCCACUGAUGUUCAUUUAACAGUGAAAAUGAUGUAUGAAUCUGAUGUGAACUAAAUGGAAAUUAAUGAAAUUUUAAUUAAAUUGAAGUAAUGUAAACUAA